AUGUGGUCAAGUAAACUAAGAGAAAUGGAAAAAUCACCAUCAUCUUCCAAUCAAGAAGAUGCAGAUACUGCUUUAGUCCCUGAACCUCAAGCGGCCGCAUCGACUGAAAUCCCGUGUAAAUCCACCGAUAUUUCUGUUAAAGAAAUGGUUAGUUACGGGCUCAACGUGUCAAGAUGUAUUAUUUGCUCACCCAUUUCUGGUCCUUCGACAUCAAUGCCAAGUAAUUCCAUAGGAAGCAUUAGUUCUUCUUUCAGGUUCGAAGCCGAAGCAAAUCUAUUCAUUUUCUACCAUUUUCUCUCCUACCGAUUAUACGCACUUAUGUUUCGCGGCAGGUUAGAUGCAUACGGGGUAUUAUCGCUAUGGAAGGGACUAAGUGGUGCAGUAACAGUGAAAGUUGUUAAAACAGUUUCCGAAAAUGGACUCUCUGAGGUUCUGUCACUUCCCAAACUUUCUUGGAUGAUUGUAACUCCAUUUUACGCUGCAAGCAUUGUGGAAUUUGUUCAGUCAGAUAUAGCCUCAGAGCCGACAACCUUGGUGUCUUGCCUCCAGGAGGGGCUGCGACGUCUCCUGCCCAACAUCUCUCCUACCGUUUCACGAAUGGGUUCCGUGGGGGGCAAACUCAAGGCGGGUUUGCGAGCAAUUCCCAUUCGAACUUCACGCCUCCUGCCCGUAUGGCGACUCGUGCUGCCUGUAGUGGUGCUUGGCGUGGGGCAGCAUAUUAUUCACAGUUUUGUGAGCUUUGGAGUUAGUGCCUAUUUGGGACGUGACCAAGAGCCGGAGCAGUUAGAUGCGGAGGUAGCUGAGUCGUGCAACAUUCCGGAUGCUUCAUCUUCGUCACAGAAGGGCAUUGAUGGAAACGAUCGAACUCUUUUGACAUCACACCGGCGGGAGAAAAUGCUCCAGGCCGCCUACUCUCUCUUCACUAGCGAUCUGACCGCCGAUUUUGUCGCUUCUCUGACCUCUGAGGCGAUUCUCUUUCCCCUUGAAACUAUUGCUGUUCGACUCUGUGUUCAAGGCACUAGAACUCUGGUGGAUAAUCUUGAUACUGGUGAUUCUGUUAUCCCUAUAAUCACCUCCUUUGACGGACCAUUUGACGUUUUGCGACAUUCAUCUUCCUCGGCUUCGGGUUUUAUUGGUCUGUACCGAGGAUUUGGCGCUCUCAUACUGCAAUAUGCCGUUCAACUCGCCUUCCUUAUCGGUGUGAAAUAUGCCUAUGAACGUGUCCUCUACUACAGCUCUCCGACAUCAACCCAACCACCUCCACCUCCGAUUGGGAGAUCUUCAAUGCCUUCUGACUACGAACCAACCAAUCAGCAUCCAUCCUCCUUCCAGUCUCCUUUCUACUCAACGGUGCCAAAUCUGUUGGAUCAUCAACCAACAACAUCGGUUUGGCAGCCGAAUCUUGAUUCAGAGCGUUGGAGGACCUCGGAUCCAAAUUUGAACUCGAAAAAUGGGGCACCUCUGGUGCCGAAUAGGUCUUCCUUUGUGUUUCGUGGUUACAGUCCUGGACCCUUUGAUGCACCCUUAGUCAUAUCCUUGGAUAUGGAAGGCCGAUUAACAGAGGACUUCGGGUGGGUGAAGUUUACAGAUUUGCAAGAACUCAUGAGCUAUCAAUCAGAUCUUGUCUUCGCCGUGGCGGAUGUUGACGCCCACUUAACCACGGGGUUUUUUUUUAAACUGGAUCCUUGA